AUGGUGUUUGAAACAAUGUACCGCCUUCGAUAUCUCGGCCUGCUCGACAAGGAACUCAAUGACGACAUGGUUUAUCAAGGCUAUCGCCAGGGUGUUGAGCGUGGUAUAUUCAAGGUGAUGGCUAAAAUGGGAAUCAGUACGCUGCAUUCUUACAAGCACGCACAAAUCUUCGAAAUAGUCGGCCUGGCUAAGGAAGUGGUUGAUAUGUGUUUCAAGAACACAGUUUCGCGUCUUGGUGGUGCCACGUUUGAGAUACUGGCAGCUGAGGCGCUAAAACGCCAUCGCUCCGCGUUCCCCGUUGUCACUAAUGCCGACAAGCAUGUCUUCGGUAAGUUCAGAGGGAUUUUCUUGAAACCUGAUCGUUCUAGGAUGAUAUGA